UCCGGUGGCGGAUUGUUGACGCCUGUGGCUGCUGCGGUGGCUACUGGACCGUUGGGGAGGGACAGUAGAGAGGGGAGAAGGCGCAGUGACCAGACAGCGGAGGGUGCUGCUGAGGCGAAGAUGGCAGAGGGGCCCGAGGAGGCCGAAGGCCGCCCUCCUGGGCAGGACGACGGCGGAGGAGACCAUGAACCGGUCCCAUCCCUGAGAGGCCCUCUUGCCGCCGCCUCCCCACGCCCCCAGGACGCACCACAGGCCGAACCUCGGGCCCCGGGCCUCGCGCUCUCCGCGGCCGCGGAGGAGCCGGAUCACGAGCCCGAGCCCGGGAAUCGCGCGGAGGCGGCGCCCGACUGCCACGCAGGGCUUCAGGAGCCGGCGGGCUGCGAGACACCCGAGUCCGGGUCGCUGCGGGAGAAGCCGGCGCGGCUGAGCGCUCGCGAGUACUCCCGGCAGGUGCACGAAUGGCUGUGGCAGUCUUACUGCGGCUACCUCACCUGGCACAGCUGCCUGGCCGCCUUCCCAGCCUACUGCAGCUCGCAGCCGCCCCCGCCCAGCUACCCCUCGGGCGGCGGGGCCGCCCCCCAGGCCACGGCGCCGCCGCCCCUGCACCUGGGCUAUUACAACCCCUUCUACUUCCUGAGCGCGGCGACUGCGGGGCCUGACCCGGGGGCGGCUCCCGGCACUGGCACUCCUGCUCCAGUCGCGGGCCCGGGAUCCCGUGCCCCUCACGUUCAGGGGCCCGUCCGGACAACCCCGGCAACGAGGGUGGGAUCCGCCGGCCCUUCGCGAGCACCCAGCGAGACCGGGCGCCAGGCAGGAAGAGAGUAUGUUAUUCCAUCCUUGGCCCACAGAUUUAUGGCAGAGAUGGUGGAUUUCCUUAUUCUCUUUUUUAUAAAAGCAACCAUUGUCUUAAGCAUUAUGCACCUCAGUGGAAUAAAGGAUAUCUCUAAGUUUGCUAUGCAUUAUAUAAUAGAAGAAAUAGAUGAAGACACAUCAAUGGAAGACUUGCAGAAAAUGAUGGUUGUGGCUCUUAUAUACAGAUUAUUAGUUUGUUUCUAUGAGAUCAUUUGCAUUUGGGGAGCAGGUGGAGCUACCCCAGGGAAGUUCCUGCUGGGGCUUCGAGUUGUGACAUGUGAUACAUCAGUGCUUAUUGCACCAAGUCGGGUUUUAGUGAUUCCUUCCUCAAAUGUUAGCAUUACAACGUCCACUAUACGAGCUUUGAUCAAGAAUUUUUCUAUAGCUUCUUUUUUCCCUGCUUUCAUCACACUGCUCUUUUUCCAGCAUAAUCGAACAGCCUAUGACAUUGUAGCAGGAACCAUUGUGGUAAAAAGAAAUGGGGUCAGAUGAUGCCCCCCAAAGCCCUGAAUUCCGUACUGUCUGGAAUAAUGACAAGACUAAAUUAUGUAUCAAGGCCACCAGUAUCCGAGUUAACAUUAAUUGGUAAUUUAGAAAUUAAAGCAGUCGCUCCAGUGUGAUACCGGUGGCUAUUUUGAAAGUAUUGAUUUUACUUCAAUGCCAAGCACUUUUCCAGAAGAAAAACCUGUUGAAUUCAAGUAUUAAAAUUUUAGAUCAAAAAGAAAGCAAGUGGUUUCCUAAUCAACAGUGGACAGUGCAUACUAAGAUCUAAGGCAUUAGAAUUUGCUGAAAGCAUUUUCAGCUUUGAAAUCUCCAAAUGAAACUUUAAAAAUUUAUUUUGGUUUAUCCCAAAAUGAUGGAAGACAUCCAGUUGUGUUUUGUAAACACAUUAUUCAUCUGUUAGUGAUCACUUCUUGGGGAAAUUGUCUUUGCUUUUGGGGGGAGGGGCAGGAAGUGAGGACACAAAUUUGAUAAGCCACUUAAUCUCCUAUUGCUGGAGGUGGUGAGUUAGUGGCGAGAAAGGGACAAGUGAGGCAGGCCUAGCAGUUCCCUUACCUGAAGUUUUAAAGUCUGUACUGCAGUAUACAGCUACUCUUAAUGCUUCAACAUGUAUUUUGGGGCAAGUUGCAUGAUGAUGAAAAAGUAUUGUCAUAUUGUUAUAUUAACAUGGACUUUUUAAAGAAAAGUUAGUGAUUACUUUUAAUGGGGGGGGGUACUAUAAACUUAAAAUUCAUGUGCAGGUAUUUUUAGUGCCCUAAACCAAACUGUAAGUGAAGAAAAAUUACUUCCAUCAAACCAUUGCAUAUUCACUGUAAAACCAUAUUCCCAGUAUGUGUGCAGCAUGAAGAAAGUAUUAGUGCUUUUCAGUGUUCUGAAUAUAACUUCUCUUUAAACACAGGAUAUAUUUACACACUACUUUCUUUUUACAUUUUAUUAGCCUCAUAACUUUUGAAACAUUGAGUUACACAAUCUGAAUGUUUCAUGAUUGACUACUGGUAGCCUGUGAAAUACUAGCAGUUUUACCAUUACAGAUGUUCUGAAACAAGAAAGAGGGGUAUUUCAAGGUAUUAAGUUCUUUGGUUCUGUGAGCCAAAAUCUUCUAUUUUGGGCCUGCCAGGGUUGGUGGUUUGAGGGAAAUGUUAAGCAAAGUAACACUGUAUUGCCAUUUUAAUUUAUUUUUCUAUUGAAACAAAGUUAAGGAGUUGCAGGUGUGUUUGUGCUUUUUGUUAGAUGGCCCAGUUAGCUGUGUUGAGAGCUACCUGAACUGUGUUUCUUAGGUGUUUUCUCCAACUUGGAUAUUAUUUCCCCAAAAAAAGUAAAAACAAAACACUAAAUUAUGUUGGGUAGUUCAUAGUUAGAUUGUUUAAAAGGGUCAGUCUAGGCUUUAUUUUUGAUGGUAAGUUUAUUAGCAAAUGUAAGACACAUCUAUUAUCACUAUAUCAGUUUUUCAAGGAGGGUUUUCUUUGAUAUUUAAAACUGAAAAUAACUGCAUUUUAUGGCUAUAGAAACAUUAACAAUAUCCUUUUUAUUGUAAAGCUUCAUAAACUAUGUUUUUCAAAAUAACUUUAUAUGAAGUCCAACAUCACAGAAAGCCUGUCAGUGUGUCAGAGUAUUAAACAGAUCACUCACUUGUAGCCUGUGGGAAAUGUUUUGGGCCUUCAAUUUGUUAAACUAGAAAUUAGGGAAUGUUACAUAAAUGUACCAUUUAGUAUACACAUACACUAUUUUUGCCAUUGAUUGGGAAUUCCAAGUUGAAAUGUCCUUCAGUCAUUAACAAUGGAAUUAUUUCUUCUCAGAUAUUGGAGCUUUUGCCAUAUAGGCUAUUUUUAUUUAUAUAGUAAAACAAAGCAAACUAAUAGUCCUGUUUACCUUGUUACACCUAAAACAGUGCACACCUAUGUAGAUUCAUUUAGAUCCAUCUCAGUAUUCAAGUUAUACUAUAUAGCCCUAUAAAAGAAAUAUUGUCUGCUUUUACAACCAAAAAAACACAAAACAACAAACCCAAGUCUGCUUCUAUUUAUGAAUUCAUCCCUUAGGAAAAGAGAUUUUGACUCCUGAAUAAUUGGGAGACAGGGAAAUGACAAAACAAUGGGGAAAAGAGGAGCCCCUUUUUUUCUUGGGGUUGUGGAAGAGUGGAGAAUCCCUCAAUACCUUUCUGUUUAGUAUAUGUAAUUUAUAGAAACGAUGAUUUUCGGUAUCAAGUGUAAUUCUCAUACUGAAGCUCUAGGGGUAAAGCCAGAAAGUUGUCUUCACAGUACAACAUUCAUGACUUUUACAAUGUAAGCAAAUAAUGAAACAAAAAUUAGGAGUCAAGAUGAGUGAGAAUACAAUUUCAUUAAAUGUGCUCUAAUGGUUAACUUUAAGGGAUCUAGGAAAUCUCAGUACCCAUUACCAAAGGAAACCCGAGUGGCUAGUUCACACUGAGAAAGUCACUAAUUCAUGGUGCGGCUAGCGGAGGUUAAAUGUGAGUGAUGGCAAGCUUUGCUUUUAGACUAGUCUGUAUGGAUAUACAGAUCACGCCAACACCUUUCUAGACAUUAAGCCUUUAUAAAGUAUUGCCCAACUGGUAUUUAUGUAGGACUGGUUCAGAAGUUACUUCUUUCUAUUUAAACAUUUACCUUCCCAUUAUACCCAAGUAUUUAGAAUUGGAAAAAAUUGUAUUAUAUAUGAGGGCCACUUUGUCUUAUAAAAAUAAAUCUUCAGUGUUUUUUUAUUUCAAAUGGUGGUAAAAAUUGUUUUAACUCUAAAAAUGUUCCCUGUGUUUCACUGAUGCUUAUGUAUUUCCAGCAAAAGGAGGGUAGUUGAAAAUUAAUUUGCUAUUUGGGAAAAAAGGGCUUUUUGAAGGGAAUAAGGGCAUUAAAUAUUUUCAUUCUAUACCCAUCCCAGGCUUUUCUUUUGAAUAAUAUGUCUAAAUAACAACAGUAUUCCUAAAAUCUGACAAGCAUUUCAAUUAUUUACCAUUCCCCGUUCCCCCAUAACCAGCGGUCAGAAUCUUUUACAAUAAAUAUGUACUUCGCUGGGUGAAGUUCCUCAUUUCAAACUAAAUGUGUAUUUCCUUGCCAUCCUUAUAUAGGGUUUGACCCACAAAUAUCUAAUGCCCUGCCUCUAAAUAAGGCAUCGUUUUCAAUAAUUUGUAUGCCACCAAUUUGUAUUCUUUUGUCUCAAUAAACACUUGGUCACCAAUGAA